AUGCUUAUGAGAAAAGGAGAAUAUGACAAUGCUCAUGAUGUGUUGAAUCGAUCUUUAAAAUUACUUGAGGAUCGUUAUUCAUCUGACAGUGUUGAAUUAGUUUCGGCUCUUAUAAACAUCGGCCACACUUUAUUCAAUCAAGACAAACUUGAUGACGCUCUUUCUGUCUAUCAACGAGCUUUAACAAUUCAACAAAAAGCGUACUCAUCUGAUCAUAUUCGGGUUUCAAAUACUUAUAUUUAUACAGGGAAUUUAUUAAAAAAGAAGAAAAAUUACGACGAAGCGCUGGAAUUGCUUCAAAAAGCAUUAACAAUCCAAGAAAGACACCUUCCACCAGACCAUUCUGGAAUCAUCUCUACUAUCGAGAUAUGUAUCGAUAUUUUCAAUAACCAGAACCGGUACGAUGAAGCAUUUGAAUAUCAACAUCGAUUGUUGAUCAUUCGACAGACCUAUCGACCAUCGGCUAACGAACAAAUUAUGUUUAGUUAUAAUCAGAUGGGCGAUAUACGAUUUGAACAAGGAAAAUAUGACGAAUCAAUGAGUUUAUAUGAUAAGUCAUUACAAAUCUAUGAAGAAUUUCGCCCAACAAAGCAUUCCAGCACGUUGAAUUGCUUAAUGAAAAACGGCAAUCUUUUGAUUGGUCAAAAUAAUUAUCAAGAUGCUGUUAAGUAUUGCUGUCGAUCUGUAGAAAUUGCACGAAAAUAUUGUUCAGAUACAUAUGAAUCUCUUCCAUUGGGUAUUAUGAACGUUGGUUUGUGUUAUAAGUCUCAACGUCAAUUCAGUGAAGCGAUAGAAGCGUAUUCUGAAGCAUUAGAUUUACUAAAAACCUAUCAACCCAAUAAUUAUGAGGAUAUUCUCUGGUGCUUAUAUGAUCUUGGUCUCACCUUUUAUCACAGUGGACCUAAGAAUUAUCGAAGAGCAAUCGAAGUUUUCCAAGAAUACCUGAUGAUUGUACAAUCGAGUUGUUCUUCAGACUAUUCAUCUCUACUUGAUGCUCUUUCCGAUCUAAGAAAAAUCCACCAGCUUCGACGUGAAUAUACGUUAGCUCUUCAAUAUGGCAUUCUGUGUUAUUCAAUACAAGAGAAGAUCCUUUCACCCACUCAUAUACAAAUUGGCAAAAGUUUAGCAAAUAUUGGUUUGUGUUAUGAAGAGCUAUUUCAAUUUAGACCGGCAUUAGAAUAUUAUCAGCGAGCAUUAAAUGUCUAUGAGGAUGAAGAAUGUUCGUCUGUUUCACCAACAGAUAUUUUCGACAUAGAACUAAAAAUUGACCGGAUUUUAACGAUACUUGCCCAAAUCGAGUUGUAA